GUGCAAGAGAUUCUUCGUGGGCAUCCAAUUCGAAUAUAUGAGCAGUUAAGGAUGGAUAAAAGAACAUUUGUUUCUCUAUGUGAGGAACUAAAACAAUAUGGAGGAUUGGAAUCAACAAAGAACGUGACAGUUGAAGAACAAGUUGCAAUAUUCAUGAAAGUUGUUGGACACUCAUGGACCACUAGAGAUGGCGCAGAAAGGUUCCAACAUUCCACAGCUACUAUAUCAAAGUACUUUGGCAUAGUGUUGAAAGCAGUCAACAAAAUUGCAGUAAGGCUCAUUAAACCACCAGAUAUGGGUGUGGUUCCAAAGCAGAUCAUGGAUAACUCAAAAUUUUACCCGUAUUUUAAGGAUGCUGUUGGUGCUAUAGAUGGAGUGCACGUUGAUGCUGUAGUUCCAACUGAUGAGCAAAUCCCCUAUCGAGGACGAAAAGCAAAAACAACACAAAAUGUUUUGUGUGUUUGUUCUUUUGAUAUGCUAUUUACUUAUGUAAUAGCAGGAUGGGAAGGCACUGCGAAUGAUGCUAGAAUACUAAUGGAGACAAUCGCAAAUCCAGAUAAUGAUUUUCCAAUGCCACCAAAAGGUAAAUAUUAUCUUGUGGACUCUGGAUUUCAAAAUAUCCCUGGAUUUCUAGCACCAUUUCGAGGAGCUACCCGUCAUUUUCAAGAGAUAAGGCGUAGAGGCGGACCAAGAGGGCGUAAAGAAUUAUUCAACUUCUUGCAUUCAAGUCUGCGUAAUGUAAUUGAGCGUUGCUUCGGAGUUUUAAAGGCAAGGUUUCCGAUUCUAAAGUUCAUGCGGUCGUAUAGCUUGAGGAAGCAAACAAGUAUUGUCAUUGCUUGUUGCGCCUUACAUAAUUUCAUCAAGAUUCAUGCCGAAGAUGAUAAACUAUUUCAUGAAUAUGAAAAUUAUGAAGAUGAAGAAGGUUCGACUCCUGGGGUUGAACUACCACUCACUGAGUUCAACGUCAGCUAUGCAGCAACACGUGAGAUGACCGAGAAGCGUGAUGCCAUUGCUAACCAGUUAUGGAGUGAUAAUCAUGUUUAGUAUUAUUUUUUAUGUAAGGAACAUGAAAGAUGUUAGGCAAAUUGAAUUUUGUGAGACUUCGCUUAAUAUUGAGGAGAUAUUUGUUUUUAGUUCUUACAGUAGUAACUAAACGCGUUUUUGUUUCUUGUUGUCAGUUUCAUGAAUUUUCAGAUUUAUCAACUAAACAGGUUUGUGUUUUCUGUUUUUUUCCUGUUGUGGUUGUACAUCUGUUUACACAACACCACUGCAACCACAACAACAACAAAAUGAUACUAAACGGGCCCUUAGUUUCCAUUUCAACGAUUAGAGCUCUCAUUUCUCUCUCGUCUUCCUAUUGGGUGAAAACACAAAAAAAAUUUGAAGUUUUUUUACUUAGGUUCAGGCUCCUCCUAGUAAAAAAAUAACAUAAUUGGAUUUCAUGAUAGUUCUCGAUACUCUUACAUAUUUGAAAUGUCGAUAUUGUGUUAGCUGGUCAACAUACAGGAGAAAUCAAUUUCAUUCGAUUUUCGCUCCGCAAAUUACAUAGGAUUAAGAAUGUGUUAUAUAAACACUUUCUCCAUGCAACGAGAACCCUAAUCUAAGAUGAAAAAAAUGUUACACAAUCGGCAAAAAAAAAAAAAAUCAAACGUCUAUAAACCCAUAUACCUCGAGUCACUACAGAUAAACAAACUUCAAUUCAUAUCAACAAUGUUUUUUUUUUUUUUUACAACAUCAACAUCAUUUCAUUCCAAACCCAAACAAGUGGGAAGCACUGCAGUUACAACAAUGGAUCGACAAGGUCGGCAAUGACAGUCCAUUUCGGAGGAAGGAGAUCGAGAUGAGAGUUCUUCGCAAUCCAAUCAGCCAACACGUUGAAUCGAUUAGAAACAAACUCAACCGAAAUCCAAGGAGAAACACAAAGAAUGGAAAACAAUACGGGCGUUGCCCGCGGCAUUGCCAGACGCCAAAGGCUCGAAUCCUGUCUCAACGCAAUCUCCAACCUCUGACAAUCGGACAUGAUACACGUUGUGACUGGAUCCUGGGCUGCCAUUGUUGACCGGUUGAGUUCAACGAUAUUGCCUAGCUGCUAUCUUUUACUUCUUUCUCUUUCCUUUCCAGUUAACUUGUUUGUUUCUUGUGGCGAACGGAAUGGAAGUUCUACAUUUCUGCCUUGCGAAUCACGGGUCAAACAUGAAUCACCAGCCAAAAGAAUCAACAACACCUCAUAGC